GACAACUGACAAGAGACACAGACAACACAAAUAAAAAAAAGCAGUAACAGCUGGCAUGGCAAUUGCAUUUUUUUAAAUAUUUAAUAUCAAAUUGUAAUUGUACACUGCAGCCAUAAUAUGGCAAGGAAUAUACUAGCUAGCAGCUUACAAAACGCUUCGUUUAGCAUAAUAUUUCAGAUAUUUUGCAGGUGCGUUACCUUUGCCAUCAAUGCUUUUAUCGUCCGGAGUGUCGGACGGGAUGUUCUUGGUAUCACCAAUGUACGUUUACUUCUUUUGGAAAGUACUCUUUUAUUCUUAUCCAAAGAGGCAAUCUUUCGCGCAGCGUUGAGUUCUAAGCACAAUAAGCAUUGCAACUGGGCCCAACUUGUCAAUCAACUAUGGAUUACAGUUCCGAUUUGCUGUAUUCUUUCGCUACCUUGUCUAUAUGUAUGGCUCAAAUGGCUUUCAGCAGUAGAAGAUAAUUUCUACGUCCAAUAUCGGUUUGGGUGUUACGCGAUAGCCUUUUCCUGUAUAAUAGAGCUGGUUGCGGAAGUGCCAAUUUUUGUCUCUCAAGUUUUCUGUUUUGUUAAGCUAAAAGUUGUUAUGGACACCAGCCAUAUUUUCAUCCGGUCAUUUGUUUUUAUCAUUAUUGUACUUCUAAACAAAAACAUAACGAUUUAUGCUUUUGGAAUUGCUCAAGUUAUAAGCGCUGUUACUAUUAUAGUUGGGAACUACACGUUUUUUUAUAUGUAUAUUCCACGAUUAUUGCACUACCGAAGAGAGUUAAAAAAGAAUGAUGAUAAGUACGAAUUACGUAAAAUCUAUGGGAAACACUAUGAAAAUAUGGAUGAUUUUCCAUUUCACUCGAUUCGAGACAUGUUCCCAGGAGUUUUACCAAAUUCGAAUCCCGCGUUCAACGCUGACCUCAAGACUCUAAUAUUUAGUUUUGCGAAACAGGGUAUAUUGAAGCAAAUUUUAACUGAAGGAGAAAAAUAUGUGAUGUCUGUAAGUCCUGUUUUGACAUUUAGUGAGCAAGCUACUUACGAUGUAGUAAAUAAUAUGGGUAGCCUAGCUGCUCGCUUCAUAUUCCGUCCAAUUGAGGAUAGUAGCUAUUUUUAUUUCACCCAAACAAUCGCCCGCGAUAUUGAUCUUUGCGAGCAAAAUCGCGACAAGGUGAAUGAAGCCUGCUUGGUACUAUCAUAUGUGUGUAAAACAGUCACUUCCAUUGGUCUGCUAGGUCUUGUAUUUGGACAAACUUAUUCGGGAACAAUUCUGCUGCUCUAUGGAGGAGCGGAUUUUGUCGAAGGUGGUUUGCCAGAAAUUUUAUUGCGAUGGCAUUCGUUAGCUAUCGUUCUUUUGGCCUUGAACGGUAUUACAGAGGGAUAUAUGUUCGCAACAAAUACUUCAAAAGAAAUAGAUACCUAUAAUUAUUAUAUGGCUGUAUUCUCUGUUGCUUUUCUAAUGCUAUCAUACCAACUAACAAAUUGGAUUGGUCCAGUUGGUUUUAUAUUGGCCAAUUGUUGCAACAUGGGAUUCCGUAUCAGCUAUAGUCUGUAUUACAUACGCACCAAUUUUCAAAAGAUCGGUUGCAAUCCACUACUUAGUUUUUUUCCGGGCCCUAUUUUUCUAGUUAUAUUAAUCGUUUGCGGUUUCGUCUGUAAAAUCUCUGAAUCUUACUUCAACGGGCAUUCAGUAUUGUACCAUAUACUUGUUGGCGUAUUGUGUGUUAAUAUUAGUUUACUUACAUGGAGUUUCGAAAAUAGACAAUUAUUGCGCACCGGAAUAAAUAAAUAUCGGGAACGAAAAUUGAGUCUCUCUUGUGAUUCGAAUUGAAAUAAUUUUUCCCGUUAUUGAAGUAUGUGUUAGACAAAUUAGUUUGUGGUUGAUCGAAGAUAAUUGCAGAUUUUGUGAUUCUUAUUUUCAGGUGUGAUUUGGAAUUCUUAGGAUUAUUUAGGGCUUAUAUUGUACAUUUUACUGUAAAUCCACGCUUAGCAUAAUCAAUUAGAGAAAAAUAUACCAAAGAAUGUGGUAGAAUUGAAAGUAUCCUAAAAUUACACUGUGUGCUGAGUAAAUAGUAAAGUGAAAUUCACUCGAAUGCAAGACCAAGCAGCGAAACCAGAACGGUCCAGUGCACCUGCCCUGGACUUUUUUAUUCUUAAGGAAAAAGAGGGCGCAAGAUUUUGGUGACUGGAGCGGAAGGCUAAAAAAAUCUGAUUUACGUAUUGUAUAAAAGAUCCCAAUCCCUCAACAAAAACUCUGGACGCGUCGUUAAUCGAGUUGCACAGUUUUGACAUAGAUACUAGAUUAUCUAACUUUGUUUCGAUUAAAAUGGUAAUUAAAUUGUUUUUUCA